GAUCAAAAGCUCUUCAACAGCAUGAAGGUAGACUGCAUGAAGGGUAGAGCUGGUAGAGUGAACAUCAAAGUGAUGUGGUGGUUAUGGCAUGAUGAUGGCGGAGUGCAACAAAACUGAGGCGGGUGAGCAAGACAGGGUCAGUAGUGCCCGGGUUGUGGUGGCCGCCAUUACUGCUGUCCCACCUUCACUAAGCUAGCAUAUAAUUUAGUGCUCGAUGCUUCUCUCGAGAAUUGUCAGUGCGUUCAUUAAACUCUUGCGUGUAACCUUUUGUUGAGUCUUCAGCUGUAGAAUGUACAGUGAAUAACUUUGUGAAUAGCUGCUAGUGAAUGGUUUACUCAUACUGUGUUGUGACUUUUAAUCUCUAAGACUGUCCUAUGUAUUGACGUCUGUAGUGCUGCAGUAAGACUUGGCUAGUGAUAAAGGAGCCUUCAUAAGAAUAGUGAGGACUCAUUCAACAUAGGAGUCCUCCUCAUAGUCGCGUGUACAGUAAUAUCUGUAAAGACAUCACCGCCCCAGUGACACUCACCCUGGAUUCUUUCCUAAUAUUGUGAACUCUGUUAUUUAACAUACGUGUCAAGAGUAAAUAUGGCAGCGUGGAGAUAGUGAACAAGAACACACUCGAGUGAGUGACUCGUGCUUAAACACACUGGAGUGAGUGACCAGACCCUCACACUCACUGGAGUGAGUGACCUGACCCCUCACACUCACUGUAGUGAGUGACCUGACCCCUCACACUCACUGGAGUGAGUGACCUGACCCCUCACACUCACUGUAGUGACUUGUGUCCCUCACACACACUCAACAAACACUAGAGAAGCAUGGCGCGAGUGGUUGAGUGUGCAGUCAUGAUGGCCCUGCUGGUCUUCCUCAUCAACCUUACCACCAUAACAGUCAGGGCUCAAAACAACACAAGCACACUGUCUCGCAAGAAAAGAUUGAUCUUCUUAACAUCUGAUCGUCGCCUGGCACUACCGCCUACCACAGCCCUCAUUUUAACACCCACCCUCAGUCUUCCCCUGGGGAGGAACCUUCCACUGGGCUACGGGGCAUCUAUGACCAUCUCCAUCCCUUUUAAGAUUGCAUUUGAUGACCUCGGUUUGACCUCUGAGGAGAAUCCUUUUGGAUUUUUUCCAUCCUUCGGACUGUUUAGGAAGAAACGUGAAGCAUUUACUACUCUUCCUGGCAUCAACUGGGCCGGAGGCGACAGGGAGAUGAUGUACCAGGUGGUGGAAGAUACCCUGGACAACCUGGGCAUGAACGGCAAGGCUUGCCUACUGCGAGCCAUCUGUGAAAUAUUUCAAGUUCCUUUAAUCAACCAUGGUUUCUUUGGCGAGGUUUUGGAGCUGUUUUUCAGUGCUGCUCGAUCUCCUCACUCUGACAAGCGGCUCCGUGACUACACAAUGGCUGAGGAAAUUGGAAAGACUUCAGGAGACUGUACUGAUUUCCACUAUGAGUGUCCGCACUCAUUAUUUACUAACCCAGGAGAGUUAAAAUGGAUGUAAGUAUGUAUCGUAUGCCUGUU